AUGACGAAAUUAUUUAUUUUAUUAUUAUUUUCUAAUCAAAUUAUUAUCUUGAUUAAUUGCCAACCACCUUUUUUACAUGAUAAAUUAAUUAUAGAAUAUGGAGGAGAUAAAUGCGAAUUUAAAGAAAUUGACAAAGGAAAUAAUGAGAAAAAAUUAAGAAAAAUUCCUAUAUUAUUUCAUAAUAAACAAUUUAUUGCCCGUCUAGUUUUUCUUUUUGGCCGAAACGAUAAUUUAUAUUUUACUCUAUGGGAAUCAGUUUAUGAUUAUUGUAAAGAGAUAGAUAUUUAUGAUAUUAAUAUUAGUUAUACGGAUUUUAAUGUAGUAGAAGAUAUUAUUAUAAAGGAAGGGAAAUAUUGCAAUGUUGUAAUUAACGAAGGAACAGAAAAUGAGAUUAAUUAUAAUUUUCAUAGAUUAUACAAAAGUAAUAAAAAUAUUUUUGGAGGAAAUUCUGAUACUUUUAUUUUCGAUCAGAAAAAUAGAAUAAUUAAAAUAUUUUCUAAUCCAGAAAAUAUUUUGCCGCAAAAUGAUUUUAGUAGUAAAUGGAAAGAAUGUAGAGGAUUGGCUAAGAACAUUUAUGCAGGUGAUGCUUAG